AUGGAAUUUUAGAGACAAAAAGAACUAAAAGAGGGGAAUGAAUACGAGAAAAAAUUUUAUGAUGAAAUGAUAAGAAAAUAAAAUAGAGUUUAGAAACUUAAGAAUUUUGAGGACCAGUAAAAAAGAAAUAUAUCUAAAAGUAGAUAAAUGAAAAUUAAGUAGAUAUUUGAUAAUACGAAGAAUCACUUAAUUGGAUAUGAUGACCAAGAAGAUUUGAUUUAUACUAUUAGAAGUCUUAGCAAAGAAUAAAAGGAACACUAAUACAUCUAGGAUAAGAUCAUGAGACUAAGAUAAUAGUAGUCAAAAUUUAAUUAGUCUAGGAAUAAAGAGAGUGGUCUCCUGAAAUAGGAAAACAGUUAGGGGGUAACUGAAAAAGAAAAUUAAAGUAUGCAGAGUUUAAAUACUACUAAUACUGGUUACUUUUAAAAUAAAUCUUAAAGCAAUCAAGAUUAAAAAGCCAAUUUAAGACAGAUUUGA